AUGGCCGAGACACCUGCGCGCGAUGUCAACAACCACAUCCUCUUCGAGGUCGCCACCGAGGUCGCCAAUCGAGUUGGCGGCAUCUACUCUGUCCUGAAGUCUAAAGCUCAGGUGACCACCGCCGAAUACGGCUCGGCGUACACCCUCCUGGGACCACUGAACCGCCAAUCGGCUGCCGUGGAGGUCGAGGAGCUUCCACCAAAGGACCCAGCACUUCUUGCUACCAUCCAGUCGAUGAAUGAGCGGGGCAUCAAGACCCUGUAUGGUAGAUGGCUUAUUGACGGCGCACCCCGAGUGCUCUUGUUCGACACUGGCACCGCAUACGGAUACCUAGAUGAGUGGAAAGGCGACUUGUGGGCAGUCGCAGGAAUCCCCUCUCCGCCUGGAGACUCGGAGACCAACGAAGCCAUUGUCUUCGGCUAUCUAAUUGCUUGGUUCUUGGGAGAGUAUGUGUUCCACGAGAAGAAGCGAGCAGUCAUCGUCCAGUUCCACGAAUGGCUUGCAGGCGUUGCCCUGCCUCUAUGCAAGAAGCGGCGCAUCGAUGUCACUACCAUCUUCACGACACACGCCACCCUCCUGGGUCGGUAUCUCUGCGCUGGCUCUGUCGACUUCUACAACAAUCUCCAGUAUUUUGAUGUGGACGCGGAAGCUGGAAAGCGUGGCAUCUACCACCGAUACUGCAUCGAACGUGCCUCUGCGCAUGCCGCCGACGUCUUUACCACUGUCUCUCACAUCACCGCCUACGAAAGCGAGCAUCUCCUGAAGCGAAAACCGGACGGUGUGCUUCCCAAUGGUUUGAACGUGAAGAAGUUCUCGGCAACUCACGAGUUCCAGAACCUGCAUCAACAGGCCAAGAUAAAAAUCAACGACUUCGUGCGAGGCCAUUUCUAUGGUCACAAUGAUUUCGAUCCCGAGAACACAUUGUACUUCUUCACGGCCGGACGCUACGAAUACCGGAAUAAGGGCGUUGACAUGUUCAUCGAGUCAUUAGCCCGGCUGAAUCACAAGAUGAAGAGCGCUGGAUCCAACAUGACGGUGGUUGCAUUCAUUAUCAUGCCAGCGCAAACACAGUCGCUGACGGUUGAGGCUCUAAAAGGACAGGCUGUCAUCAAGUCACUGCACGAUACCAUCAAGGUCAUUGAGGAGAAUGUGGGCAAGAAGCUCUUCGAACGCUCAAUUGCCUGGCACGAGGGGCAGUCUCUACCCGAAGAUAAGGAGCUCCUGUCAGCUUCUGACAAGAUUAUGCUCCGCCGCCGACUAUUCGCCAUGAAACGACAUAACCUCCCACCUAUCGUCACGCACAACAUGGUCAACGACGGCGAGGACCCCGUUUUGAACCAGAUACGCCGUUGUCAGCUCUUCAAUCACCCUUCUGACAGGGUCAAGGUUGUGUUCCACCCCGAGUUCUUGAACUCGUCCAAUCCAGUUCUACCCAUGGACUACGACGAUUUCGUCCGCGGCACCCAUAUGGGUGUCUUCGCCUCCUAUUAUGAACCCUGGGGUUACACGCCGGCUGAGUGUACUGUCAUGGGUGUUCCUAGUAUCACGACAAAUCUCUCUGGAUUUGGUUGCUACAUGGAGGAGUUGAUCGAGAAUGCUCAGGACUACGGGAUCUACAUCGUCGACCGACGAAUGAAAGGCGUAGACGACUCGGUUAACCAACUAUCGGACUACAUGUUCGAAUUCACCAAGAAGAGCAAGCGACAACGUAUCAAUCAGCGCAAUCGAACGGAGCGCUUGAGCGAUUUGCUUGACUGGAAACGAAUGGGCAUGGAGUAUGUCAAGGCCCGCCAACUGGCCCUCAGGCGCGCGUAUCCUGCAGCAUUCGACGAGGACGAGGAACCUGAUUUCUUCGGUACUCAUGAAGUCAAGAUUUCUCGGCCCCUCUCAGAGCCGGGGUCGCCUCGAGAUCGAUCAGGUAUGAUGACACCGGGAGACUUUGCGUCGCUGCAAGAAGGUCGCGAAGGGCUGAGCACUGAGGAUUACAUUGCGUGGAAACUACCUGAAGAAGAAGAUCCGGAUGACUAUCCUUUCCCCCUGACACUCAAGACCAAAAAGCCCACGGGUUCCGGUGCAGUGUCUCCAGCGAUCAAUGGCACUGGAUAA